UGUUCAAUUUGAUUCUGAAAAAAAGAAACAAAAAUAGACUUUAUUUCAGUCGCUUAGUUUAUUAAUUUGCACACUUUUCUGCAUUAUUACAGAUGCUAAACUGGAAAAACAGACAAACAACAAACGAAGAGAUAUUCAAGGACUUCGUGGAGUUGCAAUCAUCUACGUUUUUGCCUUUCACCUCUUCCCCGACAAAUUUUCUUUUGGCUUUCUUGGUGUCGAUAUUUUUUUUGUCAUAUCUGGUUACCUGAUCACUAUGAUUCUGCUGAGAGAACGACCUUCCUCUCUGGAGCAUUUCAUAAUUUUUUACAAAAAACGAAUUAAGCGAAUAUUUCCUGCUUACCACUUGAUGCUUUUUUUGUUCGUCUUUUGCGGUUGGCAACUCUUGACGUCAACAGAUUACUUCACACUGAGAAAAGACGCAAUAUGGGCUGCUUGCUUUGCCACGAACAUAAAUAAACACUGGAAGAAUCUGGACUACUUUGCUGGAGUAAUAACAAGCUAUGAUUUUUUACUGCACACUUGGUCCCUCGCAGUCGAGAUCCAGUUUUACAUCGUUGCACCAAUAUUGGUAUUUACGUUAUCUCUUCCAUUCGUAGGAAAGCCCUUAUGGUAUUCCGUUUUUAUAUUUUCUGCAUACUAUAACGCAACAUCUUUUGGUCCCGUCCAAUUCUCUUCUCUCCAAAGUCGAAUGUGGCAGUUUAUGUGUGGAGCAGUCGCUCAUCUCCUUCCACGGGGUGUGUACUUUGAAAAAUUUCGCACACAUCAGCUAUUUUAAAG